AUGCCUCUGAGCAAUCCAACCAAACCGUGUCUCAAGAACCAUGGCGGCGUGCCAUCCAUCAGCGAGCGCUCGUCGGUGCCGCCGCUCGCGAUGCCCGGGAGGAGAGAGGCGCCGCGAGUGACGUUCCCGCCUUCGCCCAAGCUGACAAGAACGUUCGCCGCACACCCCGCCGCCAUCUACGACCGCUCCCCCAUCACCGUCCUACCCAACGCCUGCGCCCUCCCCGCCCGCGGAUGCCCGGGCCGCACAUACCACCCAUCGUCGAGCCCGUCCCGCAAGUCGGGCAAGCUCUGCCACCCAUCCCGCUUCUCCCAACAAUAUCCCCCCUCGGCCAAUGCCGUACCUGGCCUCGUCCACGAUACAACGUCUGAAUCGGACGAGAGCGACGGCAUCAGCAGUCCUCCCCCGCCCGCCCACGCCCCUGGGCCCCUCCCAGAGCUCUCCCUCUCGUUCCUCCCCCACGCCCACGCGUCAAUCUCGACGCUCUAUCGCGCCCCCGCACGUGAUGACGACGAUGGCAUCCCCGACUACGACGAGUACGACAAGGGCGACAAGGAUCGCCAUCGCCGUGGCCGUCGCGAUCGUCCGCGCCAGGACCGCCGCAGCUCCGUUGCCCGCGGCCGCCAGCCCCGCUCACGUCCUGGUGACGACAUGGAGGAAGAGGACGAGGCGGAUGAGCCCGCGGACGACGACGACAUACGAAGCGGGAAGGGGUGCUUCAAGUCUUUCUCUGAUAGCCUCGCGCUCGAGGGCUGCGGCUUUGACGACGCCGACGAAGGCUGCCUCGGCGGCUUCUGA